AUGGCGCAAGCUUUCGCCUAUUCUCCUUUAGAUCCGUCCUCUAAAUGCAUUAGGCUUCUCGAAUUGCUGCCAUCUGCAGCGCAUGAAUCGGUUCGCUGCAGACUACAUGUUGUCGACGAAAAAUGCCGUCCGUCUUACGUUGCUUUAUCAUACACCUGGGGUUCUCCGCAAAGCAGGCUAUCGAUUGAGUUGGACGAUGCGGAGUUCUACGUGCAAGAAAAUCUUUGGAAUUUUCUGAGCACUAUGAACUCUUGCAGGAGAUGGCAGCUUUUCUGGAUUGACGCUAUAUGUAUCGAUCAGUCCAGUAUUUCGGAGCGGAAUCACCAAGUCAACAUGAUGAGGGAUAUAUAUGCCGGAGCAACACUCACGGUGGUAUGGUUAGGCCAAGGCUUUGAUUCCAGUGACCUCGCCAUUAGAUAUAUCGCAAAUCCAGGUUUACCAGCCAAAGGAACCACAUCAUCCUUGGAGAAAGCGUUACAAAGUCUACUGGAGCAGCCGUAUUGGAGUCGCAUAUGGAUCGUCCAAGAGCUCAUGCUCGCAAAAGACGUCAUAUUUUACUGCGGCACAAAUAGCUUUACUUGGCAUCAAUUGGCAUCUCUUCGCCAGAAGAUAAAAACCCAUGUCGCCCGUCAUGAUUCAUUCGGUAUCUCGAAGUGUAUAGGUUCGGUAAUGGUCGCGCAGAAAACGCUAUGGGAUAACCUUCCCCAAGAUGACCCGCACUUACCCCUCUCGGAAUUGCUAAUUACGUAUGGAAGACAUAAAAGUUCAGAUGUAAGGGAUAGAGUGUAUGCACUGCUUGGUCUUUCUUCGGAAAACUCAAUCCAGGCGGACUACAACCUAUCUGUGGAAGACAUAUAUAUCGAGGUACUGGAAGCAAUCUGCAAAGAGAGAAACCCCAGACACCAGCUCUCUACCAUCGAACAUACGUUACAGGAAAUGUUGGGCCUCAGGAGACCACGGACCUCAAGUGGCCAUCCUACACCUAGAGAUGCCUUUGCGAUCAGGGUACUGGAACUACGGCGACAGAACCUUGGCAAUACGCACCCCCACGUUCUUGAAGGAGUGGCCAGUCUCGCACAGCUAUACAAUGAGCAGGGCCAAUCAAAGUUAGCUGAGCAAACCGGAAUUGAGGUACUGCAAAUGCAGAGAGAAAUACUUGGUCAUAAACAUCCUAGCACUCUUCAAACCAUGGCGAACCUUGUGUCAAUUUACCUCCGGCAAGGCAGGCUUGACAAGGCCGAGAAAAUGGGGAGUGAAGUAUUGCAGCUGCAAAAAGAAGUACUUGGUGAGAAAUCUCCUGAUACUCUUCGAAAUAUGACAAACCUUGUGUCAAUAUACCGUCAGCAAGGCAAGCUUAAGGAGGCCGAGAAAAUGGGGAACAAACUAUUGCAGCUGGAAAGAAAAAUACUCAUUGACAAAUAUUCUGAUAUUCUUAAAAGCACGCGGAAUCUUAUGUUGAGAUACCACGAGCAAGGCAAGCUUAAGGAGACUGAGAAAAUUUGGGAUGAAGUGUUUCAAUGCAUGGCAAACCUUGUGUCUAUAUACCGCGAGCAAGGCAAGCUUGAGGAGGCUGAGGAAUGGGGGGGCGAAGUGCUUCAAAGCAUGGCAAAGCUUGUGCCAAUAUGCGAGCAUGGCAGGCUUGGGGAGGCCGAGAAAGUGGUUGACAUAGUGUUGCAAUGCAUGGCAAACAUUAUGUCAAUAUACCGUGAGCAAGGCAAGCUUAAGGAGGCCGAGGAGGUAGGAUCCGAAGUGUUUCGACAUAUAAGCAUGCUUGUGUUGAAAUGGAAUAUGCAAGGCAAGCUUAAGGGGGCUGAGAAAAUAGGAGAGAGAGUAUUGCAGCUGCAAAGAGAAGUAUUUGGUGAGCAACAUUUUUAUUCUCGUCAAAGUAUGCGAAAUCUUAGUCUCACAUAUUCUCAACAAGGCAGGUCUGAGAAGGCUACAGAAAUGAGGAAUAGAUUGUCCCAAGCAGAGCAAGUCAUGAGUGAAUAGAUCUUGAGCAAGACAAGCUUAAGAAGACUGAGAAAAUAAAGAACGAAGUAUUGCAGCUCUAAAGAAAAGUACUUAGUACUAAGAAAUAUCCUGAUC